AUGGCGAAAACGCCAAAAAUGGUUCCUCAAAAAGAAAAAGCUUCUUCUUCGCGGCCUGCCAGUGAUAAAACACCGGUGGAGCCACCACCUAAGGAGUGUGUUCCCGGGGGGGCCUUGGAAAAAAAUGCUAUUAUGAGGCCCCUAUCUUGUGAGGAGGAGACUUCUAUCCCGGCCCCAAAACCGGCAAAGGACAAAAAGAGGAAAAAGAUCAUGACCUCUGAGGAUCCCGAACCUAAGAAGAAGGUGGCUCGUAAGCUGAGGAAGAACAUCAUCCUCUCGACCGAAGAUUUUGUUCAGCGUCUAAGUGAUAGAGACGAAGAAGAGGAAAAUGAUAACUUUGGGCUGGUGGCCCAAGUGAAAAUGAGCACCGAGGCCCCAAAGGCUACCGAAUCGGUGAAGGUAGCAGAGAUUCCAUCUCAUGAUGAGGGACUCUCAGAAAGAGAAUUGGCCGAAGUCCCCGAGUCGUCAAGGAUCGAGGCUACCUCCCACCAUAAUGAGCAAUGGUGGGUAUGGCUGCAGGGGCUGAUCUCGAGGCCCUUUCAAUCGAAGGAGGCCACGGAAGGGAAUGAUUAUUUUACUGGGGUCGAAGAUGCUACCCGCCUGAGCGACUUGGAGUUCUCGAGGAAGGACUCGGGUGAGGCAUUGAGCCUUUUCAAUGAAGUGCAGCGAGCUAUGAAUCGGGCCUCAGUGCUUCAUUGGGAAGCAAUUUCUCGGUCUCGAGCUGAGUUGAGUCGGUAUGAGGCCAACCUUCAAGGGCUCACGGAGGAGAGAAAUGCCCUUAAACUUCUCUGCUGGCAAAGAGAAGAGGAAAUCAAGGACCUCCGAGCCGAGUUGGCCAAGGCUCACCAAGAUCAUUCUAACCUGAUCGAUCAGAAGAUCGAGGUCAUCGGGCAGCUCUACGAGAAGGUCGAUACGAUGAAGGCGGAGACCUUGGGUUGGAAAGAAGGUAUGGAUCGCUUUGCUGUAGAAAAAGAGGCUGCCUUAUCCCAAUUUUCAUUGGCCGAAAGUCAGCGUCGAGGCAUGAAAGAGAAGAGCUCGGCUCAGCCAAAGGAAAUAGCAGAGCUCGAAGCUCGGUUGGCUUCCAAACUUGAAAAGGCCAAAUCUGAAGCUGAAAAGGUUAAAGCUGAGGCAGACGCGAACAUGGCCUGCCAAUCUCGAAGGGAAACCCUCGAGGAGAUCCAUGCUCUAGGUUUUGAUCUUACCAAAGAGAUAAUAGAGGGUAAAGAGUUUGAAGCUGAUGCUGGAGCCCUGGCUUCUGAUGAUGAUGAUGAUGAUGACAAGAGCAAGAGUGGGUCUGGGAGCGGGGAAGAGAUCGAUGGAGAAGAAACUGCCCCCCGGAGAAAAUCAGGAACCUUAGGGUUUUUCAUUUUUGAUAUUUUUGUGUAA